CCUGGAACCAAGGUAACUUACUACUAAUUAGUAGCACGAGUUACGGAUGACCCUGCAGUGGUUGCUCGACAUGGCACUCGGCUGCCAGCUGUCAGUCGAAGGCUCCGAUAAGCAGCGAACCCCACUGCAGAGUGCCUUAUCGCUCAAUUGCUGGGGAAAUUUUGGAAUCGCAAGCACGCUGCAACACAACAGGCAAGGCCAAAGGUUGCCGUCCCCAACAGUCCAACCCAAAAGGAAUCCCGUGAUUCAACCUAGGCACAAUGGGCCGUGAACUCCAAAAGCGCAAGCGGCGCUCCUCGCGCCCCAAGAUCAAGAUGCCCAACCGGCGCAAGAAGGCGCUCAACCCGCUGGGCAACGACAUUAUCGCAAAGAACUGGAACAAGAAGGAGACCCUCUCGCAGAACUACAGCCGCUUCGGCCUGGUCGCCAAGCUGGGCAAGACGACGGGCGGCACCGCGCCCAACAACAAGGCCCUCCUCCGCCCCGCCGCGGACCCGCUCGCGGUGCGGUCGGGCGACCACGGCCUGCUGCAGGUGCGCGAGGUCAAGGUCGAGCGCGACAGCUCGGGCCGCAUCACGCGCGUCCUGCGCGGCGACAACCCGCUCAACGACCCGCUCAACGACCUGGACUCGGACCCAGAGGAGGAGGAGAAGGAGAAGGAGAAGGCGGGUGAUGGGCAACAGCAGAAGCGCCACGAGGAGUGGGCGGGGUUCGGGGACGACAAUAACGACGACGGCGGCAAGCCCGAGGUGCUGCGUGCGCUGGAGCGCGAGGCCAGCCGGCCGGUCGAGAAGGCGGUGCGGCACCAGAGCGAGCGCGAGCUCGAGUGGCUGCGGAGGCUGGUGGCGCGGCACGGGCAGGACACGGCCGCGAUGGCGAGGGACAUGAAGCUCAACCCGAUGCAGCAGACCGCGGCCGACAUCAGGAAACGGCUGAGGAAAGCCGGGCUGUUGGGGGAGGAGGCCCCGUGAUAAUUUUUUUUUUUUUACUCGCCUUUUUUUUUACUCGCCGCUAGCGUUUUCUUUUGUUUGUGAUUGGGUUUUUUUUAAAGUUUAGGACGAUCAGGUGCAUCGGCUACGCAUUGGCUACUAAAGAAAAGAAGAACAAUGGGCAAGGGAAGCCCGGAGUGUCAUGUUUCCGUAACCGGCGUCAGGCGUUGUCCGAGGGAACAAAUGUUUAAAUUACAAAUAAAUAGGCAACACUUGCAUGAUCACGCUUUGAAUACUUAGUAGCGC